GCUGCACCACGCGUCGGUGACGAGGUCAAGCGCGGACGUCGACGCCGAAGGUUCGGCCGGCCAGGGCACAACUCGACGAGGCCGGUAACGCAGAGUCGUCAGGCCGGAAGCUGGACAGAAGCGCGCGGAUGUCGGAAGAGGUGCGAGGCGAGGCGAGACGAGACGAGGAGACGAAGAGACGUGGAGCGAGUGAACAAACCGAGGAGCAAAGUGGUGCAGACAAGACACGGCUCGAGAGUAAAAACCGCUUGGGCCUGGGCAGAUCAUAGUCGGGCCAAUGGGAUUGCAAAUGAACGGAUAAGACGAGCCUGUCGGCUGGGCAACUGGUCACCGGGCGCAGGACUGGCGUUAUCAGCGUGUUGUGCCCUAUCGCCCGGCCUCAAACUCUCUGUCUCUGUCUCUGUCUCUGUCACCAGCCCAACAAAGCCUGUCCUCUUGGCCGAUUGGAGAUUGGCCAUUGGCCAUUGGCUAGUCCCGAGGGGCUGUACCCCUCCUGCCCAAGUGAUCAGGAGACUGGGCCUCCUGGUCGUUGUUCCCUCGACCGACUCGCUCAGGCCCAGCGCCCACGACGCCAACAACUCCACUCGCCCAAUUCUUACCAUGUCGCGCCUUCUGCCGGAACCAAACCAGAAUACUGCCAGCUGCAUGGCUGGUUGGCUGAUUGGCUGCCAAUCAAAAGCUAGAAUAGGUAGGGAUAUGGCCAGACCAGUUGAAGCUGUCGCCUAUUCGUCUGACGGAUGGGCUUACCUGCGCACCGCUUCUGCACACUCGCAGCCUGGCGAUUGCGGUGACGACGGGCUAGCUACAAAUCCUAACGAUCAAUACGUAGCCACGACAAUCCUUUUGCCCUCAUAUUUCCAGGCCAAGUAG